AUGCUGACCAACAACAACGACCUGAUGGAGCAGUUCUACUACACCGACGAGUCGCCGCUACCAGUUCUGCCCGAGUUCCUGGGCAACGACGCCUUCCAGCAGCUGGAGCAGUUAAUGUACCAGCAGGAGUUCAGCACCAACAGCGGCGAUAGCCUCUCCGAUGGCACCGCCAACAGCUGCUCCAUGGAUCAGUACUACGACGACACCCCGGCCGUUCUAGAGCUGGAGCAUAUGCUGAGUGUCCAGAAGCAGCAGCAACAUUAUCCGCAUCAUCUGGGAAAGAGCCAGGGCAAGAGCACAAAGUACUGGACAAAGCAGGAGCGAGCCAAGCCCUACGACAAGCUGUCUACGUCGAUCUCGUCGUCAGGAUCCUGCGGCUCCUCCGCUAGCAGCAGCUCCCAGUCAUCCUCGUGCGGCGGCGAGGUACUCAAGAAGCGUCGACUGGCGGCCAAUGCCCGCGAGCGGCGACGGAUGAACAGCCUGAAUGAUGCUUUCGACAAGCUGAGGGAUGUGGUGCCAUCGCUGGGCCAUGACCGGCGGUUAUCCAAAUACGAGACGCUGCAAAUGGCGCAGGCGUACAUCGGUGAUUUGGUUACGCUGCUGUCCAGGGAUUACUGA